GACUCCCGAUCUAGGCAAGACGUAAUCUAGUCAUUUUUUAAAACAAAGAAAUUAAAACUAAUUAGUGCUUGUUGCUGCGUCUGACGUCCUAAAGCAUAAGUCCGCCAUCUUGCUCCUAGCUGUCAAAAUUCCCGCCAUGUCAGCCGCAUGCCGCGUUUCGUUGCUGCUACUUUUAGCUGUUCUGACUAUGGACCUUUGCGACUCAGCUUCGAUACAAGGCUACGAACAGAGAAUGAGUGAUGAAGUUAUGGUGGCACCAAAGAAGAGGCCGUUUUGUAAUGCUUUCACAGGAUGUGGUCGAAAACGCUCAUCACCGACCAGGCCAAUACCAGAGUUAGUGCGACAACGACAAUACGUCGACGAAGAUACAUUCGUACCUCUAAUGGAAUCAGACAACGCAAUCGAAGAGCUGUCCCGCCAGAUCCUCUCCGAAGCAAAGCUCUGGGAAGCGAUCCAAGAAGCGAGCGCUGAAAUCGCCAGGAGGAAGCAAAGAGAAGCGUACCGCAAGUAAAACUACCGAAGCGUUUUAACUGAACUUUUCCGUAGCGUUUCUAAACUAGUUCAUAAAAUAAAUCAUCUUUUCCGUAAAGUUUCUAAAUUGGUGCAUAAUAACUAACCUUUUCCGUAUCGCAUGUAAAUUGGUUCAUGAACUUAUCUUUUCUGUAUCGUAUCUAAAUUGGUUCAUGAAAUAACUCAUAUUUUCCGUAGCGUUCCUCAAUUGGCGCAUAUAAACUAAUCUUUUCCGUAUCGCAUCUAAAUUGGUUCAUGAAACAAUUCAUAUUUUCCGUAACGUUCCUCAAUUGGCGCAUAAAAACUAAUCUUUUCCGUAUCGCAUCUAAAAUGGUUCACGAAAUAACUCAUAUUUUCCGUAACUUUUCUCAAUUGGCACAUAAAAUAACUAAUCUUUUACGUAAUGUACCUAAAUUGGUUGGUAAAAUAACUAAUCUCUUCCGUAGCAUUUCUAAAUUGUUGCAUAAAAUAACUAAUAUU